UUCUCCACCAACUCUUCCCACAUGGAGAAUUACCGGAAGAGGGAAGACCUUGUCUAUCAGUCCACUGUGAGGCUACCCGAGGUCCGGAUCUCCGACAAUGGGCCCUAUGAGUGUCACGUGGGGAUCUAUGACCGAGCUACGAGGGAGAAGGUGGUCCUGGCGUCCGGCAACAUCUUCCUCAACGUCAUGUCUCCUCCCACUUCCAUCGCUGUCGUGGCUGCUGACACACCUGCCCCAUUUAGCCGCUACCAGGCUCAGAACUUCACCCUGGUCUGCAUUGUGUCAGGAGGGAAGCCGGCCCCUGUGGUUUACUUCAAGCGAGAUGGAGAGCCCAUAGAAGCUGUGUCCCUGUCAGAACCCGCAGUGGGGACAGCCGCCCUCCAGGAUGGCCGGGCAUUUCGUAGCCUGCUGCACCGUGACCUGGAUGAUACUAAGAUGCAGAAAUCCCUCUCCCUGCUGGAUGCCGAGGGCAGGGGUGGGCAUCCCUACACUGAGGGGCCCUCCCGGGGCCUGACCCCAGACCCAAGCCUCAUCCUCCAACCUACAACUGAGAACAUCCCGGAGACUGUGGUGAGCCGGGAGUUCCCCCGCUGGGUCCACAGUGCAGAGCCUGUCUAUUUCCUGCGUCAUAGCCGCGCCCCGGGCAGUGACGGCACUGUGGAGGUGCGUGCCCUGCUCACCUGGACCCUCAACCCUCAGGUGGACAAUGAGGCCCUCUUCAGCUGUGAGGUCAAGCACCCGGCUCUCUCCAUGCCCAUGCAGGCUGAGGUCACACUUGUUGCCCCCAAAGGCCCCAAAAUCAUGAUGACGCCCACCAGAGCCCGAGUGGGAGAUACCGUGAGGAUCCUGGUCCACGGCUUUCAGAACGAAGUCUUCCCUGAGCCGCUGUUCACGUGGACCCGCGUGGGGAGCCGUCUCCUGGAUGGCAGUACAGAACACGACGGGAAGGAGCUGGUGCUGGAGAGAGUGCCCGCCGAGCUCAACGGCUCCAUGUACCGAUGCACGGCCCAGAACCCCCUGGGCUCCACCGACACCCACACCCGCCUCAUCGUAUUUGAAAACCCAAAUAUCCCCAGAGGAACAGAGGACUCCAAUGGUUUGGCUCCCAGCCCCAUUGGGGCCAGGCUGACUUGGGUGUUCGCCCUCACAGUGAUCCUUGAGUUGACGUGAAGGCCCGGGACCCCUGUCCUCUCGGUGGCUCCAUCCGCCAUCCACAUCUCCGUCCAUCGGUCGGGUUUCAUUUCUUUUCUAAAACUAUUUCCAAGUCUUGUUCUCGGUCUCUUUCUGUCUGUGUCUUGGCUUCCUCGGUCAGUUUAAUUAAAAGAAACGAA